UGUAAUUAAGUAUAUGCCACAACUACGAUAUAUGAUGAGAAGUCAAGAGCAACCGCCACAGAAACGUUCACGAAUAAGCUAGGAAUUGGGGUGGGGAGCACAUCAUCAUCAUUUACUAGGAGGAAGUCAUCAUUUAGACAAUAUGAUGUGCUCCCAAAACCAUCAAUCUGUUUCUGCGACAAAAAAUAGUUCAAGUAAUGACAGUAAUAACACCAAUCAUCAUUACAAUUCCACUAAUGGAAGUAAAAGUGCUACGAAAGACAGUACUACUUCUGCAUCAGCAUCUAUAUCAUCUUCUAUUGGAGCAUCAUUGUCAAGACAAGAACGUGAAAAGGCAGCAUUAGCAGCAGCACUAGCCGCGCAAACAUAUUUUGAUCAUCACAAUCCAUAUGCAAGUUCAUUUUUAGCUGGGCACAAUUUAACUGGAGCAGCAUCAACUAUGCUUUCUCCACCUUUGAGUGGAAAUCCUUUUACUGCGUUUGAUUGGAUGACAUCGCCGGCAGCAGCUGCAGCUGCUGCGGCUGCUGCUGCUGCAGCGGCUUUAAAUACACCAUCUCAAUCGGCUUCAAAUUCCGGAAAUAAAAGUUCCUCAUCAUCUUCUAAUAUAGAUAAAAACAAUCGUGUUAGUAGCAGUAGUAGUAGCAGUAGCAAUAAUAGUAAUAAUCAAUUGCGCAAUAAUAGCAGUAACCAUAGUAGUAAUUGUAAUAAUAAUCAAGAAAAUUCCAAAGAACGUAACUCUGAUAGACUGUCAUCUUGCCGCUAUACAAAUAAUUCUUCGAAUUCAACACCUAAUAUUUUAAAUAAUUUAAGUCACAAAUCCACAACUCCUGACUUUUUUUCUAUGUUUAGCGGUUUAAGUGCGGAAACAGUAUUGAACCAAUCUCAUGCAAUAAGCAGAUCUGGUAUAACUAGCAAUUCAAGUUCAAGUAAUGAAAGACAUGGCGGAUCAAUAUAUGCAGAUUCAACGACACCAUCGUCAAUUUAUGGUGGUAGUACAGAAUCUAUUCAUAAUAUUAAUUCCAGAACAAAUAAUAAUCAUAGCAAUAGUAGUGGCUAUCAUUCUAGUUCUUCAACAUCUAACACAACAUCUGCAUCGUUAUCUUCAUCGUCGUCAUCAUCUUCUUCAAAUAGUGCUACGAAUGCAACUGCAGCCUCUUUAUAUAAUUCACAUUUUUCAUCACCGACCGGGCCUGCAACACCAUAUCACAUGGCUGCCGUAGCUGCAGCAGCAGCAGCUGUACAAGGAGGGCAUGGUUUACCAUCUCCAACAAUUUAUCCACCAACUCCACCACCUUCUGCACCAUGGAUUCAUCCAUGGUAUACUGGGGAUACCUUUUGAACGAAAGUAACUGUAAAUAUUCAAGUAUUUAAAUUAUACUUAGUUUUAAAUUUAAAUACUUUAUAUUAAUAGCAUAAUAAAUUGCAUAUAAAAUAUAUUUGAGGCAAAAACAAAAACAAUAAAUAAUAUAUUAAAAUCAAUAUAUAUAUAUAAAAUAUUGGUGUUUUUUCAAAACAAUGUCUAAAUUUCCUAAAAAAUAUUUUUUAAAAUCAAUAAAUAAAACAUAUUCUAAAUUUUGAAUGUUUAGAUAUUCUUAUAAAAUAAAAAAAAAUUAAA